GGCUGCACCGGCAAUGGGCGGGGUUUCGGUAGCCCAUCGUGUUGGGUGAUGCGCUCGUUCUUCGCGGCUGGAUGAGGCGGAUAAGAUCUGGAUCGGGUAAGAUCUUUUUCAAGGAUUCACUAUGGUCCGAGAACGAAAAUGUAUAUUGUGUCACAUCGUAUACAGCUCAAAAAAGGAGAUGGAUGAGCACAUGAGAAGUAUGCUUCAUCAUCGGGAACUUGAAAAUCUCAAGGGGAGGGACAGCAAUCACGAGUGCCAAGUGUGCAGGGUGACAGUGGUGGGCUUGUCAGCGUACGCCAAGCACAUCUCCAGCCAGUUGCACAAAGACAGCGUUGAAACCCACGAUGCCGAGGAAGAAAAAGAAAAGACCGAUGAAGAAUACUUUGACAAGGAACUUAUCCAAUUAAUACAGCAAAGAAAUGAACAAAACCGGACAAGUGAAUUGUGUCACGUAAACUGUGAAGCAGAUGGUGAUGACAGGAGAUUGCGAAGGCAACAAAAUGACAGACUCUCUUAUCAAGACCGAGAUUGUUAUGAUACAACAUCAAGGAGGCAUCAUGGACCAUCACAGAGGGACUGGAACUGGGAAAAGGAUAGUUUCUUAAAUUCCAAGCAAGGAAAAUUCACUCACUCUGCCAGGAAUUCUACUAAUUCAAACAGACAUCUCAGCAGCCAAAGAGGACGACUUGGGUGGCAUCAAAAUGGUUCCAGAGGACAUCCAGGUCAAUACCAUAACCAUGGAAACAUUGGCGGUAUUUGGCAUCAGAAUGACAGAGGUGGAACAUCAGGUUGGCCUCAUCAUGAUAGAGGAAGAAAUUUCAGUUGGAGUUCUGAAGCAAAUAAUAUAUUUUCCAACUGGCAGUCCAAAACUGUAGGGGGGCACCGGAAAUCUGUUCAACAAAAUGGAAAUGGAUGGAACAUUGGACGAAACAGAGCUGUAAACAGUACUUCUCAGGUAGACAACAUGGAUACUUCCUGGUUAAAAAUAAAUAGUAUACAGGAUAAAUACAGCAAUGAAAAUUAUACAUGGCAAUGGCAGGAGGGUGUGGCAAAUUAUACCGGUCUUGAUAAUAAAAUUGGCAACCCUGACUGGUCAUUAGAUUUCACGAGUGAUCAGCUACCUUCAGAUCAGUUACUAAAUUUUAGUGUUUCUAAGCAUCCAGAGAGUAAGAAUUCCAAAGUCAAUAGAAAGUGCAGUAGUCCUUCUCGAGAAAAGAUGAACCGGUGGUCUCCUUAUCCUUUCCAGAAAACUGUAGAGCAGCAGCCACUGUCUGAAGAGAUGGUAGCUAAAACAUCAGAGAAAACAUCGUCUCAGCUGUCUUCAGAAUCAGCAGAUCCUAAAGCCAACAACCCUAAAAUGAAAAAAUGGGAAGAGAGUUAUUCAAUAUCUUCAACUAACAGUAAAACAUCCCUGAAAGUGGCACCAGGCAAAGCGCCAGCGGCCUGCCCAGGGGAGAACAAAUCAAGUAAAGCUGAAAGCAAAAGUAACAAGAUGCCCUCCUUGAAGUCCCCACUUCUAGCUAUUCCAGAUAUUAAAUCCUCUUCCAAAAAAAAAAAUUCAAAGAAUCUCUUGAAACGUGCCCAUGUCUCCUCAUCUUCCGGGGAAGGCCAAAGUCAGCUGAGUACAGAGGCUAGCAAUUUCUCGAAUAAAUCCAAGCUGAACAAUAAUGCAUGUAACUAUAGCAGUUUAAAAGAGAGCACACCUCUAUUGAGCAGCAACGAAAGCCUAAACAAAGCAUUAGAAAAGGCCAAAGAUGAACUCCAGUAUAAUCGUUCUUUUCAGAAGUCCCAUUCAAGUUCUAGCGGAGAUGCUCAGAUUGAUAGGAAAGAAGAAUGGAAAACUGAAGAUUUGAAGAUACAUGAAGUCCAGAUGAAAGGAAUAGAGAACAAUUACCAAGGUAAUAAACCAGGAAACAUAAAUACUUCCCCAAAUUCUUAUUCACCUUAUGGCCUUGCUGAACCUGAUCACAUUGCAGCUAAAAAUGAUAACUGUUUAAAUGAAUUGAAUGGUGCUAAUAAAAAACACAUUGAACUCCGAAAGGAGACCCUAGACUCUUUGUCAAACUAUCCCUGUGAGUUAGAUAUUGAGUUGAAAACAACUCUGGAAGAAGAUGGGGAUGAAGAUGUUACAAAAUCAAAUGAUGCUCCCGAAAAAGAAGAUGAUAGAGAUAAUUCAAAUCACGAGCUGCUCAAAGGUACUAUAGGGCACUCUACAGGUCCUCUUCUUCCUGAACUGAGUAAACUUGGGUUCCCAGCUUCUCUCCAAAGAGACCUGACAUGGCGCACUAGCUUAAAAAAUAAAAUUAGCUCUCAUUUGCCUGAGCCAAAUCUCAAUAACGCAAGGCGCAUUCGAAAUGUGAGUGGUCACCGGAAGAAUGAGACGGAAAAAGAAUCUGGACUGAAACCUACUUUGAGGCAAAUGAUCAGUGUGUCUCGUAGAAAUGUAAACUGGGAACAGGUUAUUCAGCAGGUGACAAAGAAAAAACAAGAACAAGGCAAAGGUUUACCAAGGUUUGGCAUUGAGAUGGUUCCACUCAUCCAGAAUGAACAAGAAGGCCUUGAGUUGGAUGAAGAAGUCGACUUCACCAAUCUUGAAGGAUUCCAGUGGGAAGGGAUAUCUAUAGGUUCCCCAGGAACAGUUAGGAAACGUAGCCUGUCAGAAAGUAGCGUGGCGGUCGAGAAGAUAGCCUCCAUUUACAGUUUCUUUAAUAAUCAAGGCACAAGUAAAGAAGACAAGCAGAAAAAUUCUGCUUCAGUUGCCAACUCUGAGGAUAUAAGAAGUGGAAUUCGGCCAUUAGAAGAUACUGUGGUUACUGUGAAACAGGAGUCAUCUUCUCUUCCUUCCUCCCCAUUCAAGACUGACAGGACUGAUUUAAUUUCAAGUGAGAGGAAACUCAGCCUCCAGUCUACCCCAAAUGUCACUAUGUUUAGUACCAGCGAAGGCCAGAGAAGCCUUGACUGUGCCGUUCAUCUAUCUGAAAACAAAGGAAUAUUGGAGAAUGCAGAAGAACAUCCCACCCUGGUUUUAGGCCUUGCAGACAUCAGUGCUCUAGAUGCAGCUACCGAUAGCAGCUAUACAUCAAGCAAUGAGCAGAAUGAUAGCCAGGUGAUGGGGAAGAAAAGAAGAGCAACAGGAGAAGGCUCCUGUCCUGAAAUCCCAAGUUUAGAAAGAAAGACUAAACGAAGGAAGAUCAAAGGAAAAAAAGAGCGUUCUCAGGUGGAUCAGUUGCUGGUUAUUUCCCUGCAAGAGGAAGAAUUAAGCAAAUCAUUACAGUGCGUAGAUGAAAGCCUCCUGCAGGCUCGAGCUGCUCUGCAAGCAGCUUAUAUUGAAGUCCAACGUUUACUUGUACUGAAACAGCAGAUAUCAGUAGAAAUGGGAUCUCUGAGGACACAGAGGAUUCAGAUCCUGCAGGGGUUACAAGACACUUACGAGCCUUCAGAACAAUCGCACUUGCAACAGCCACAUCAUAGCAGCUCAAGUGAAAAAAGCCUUGGCAAGCUCCCUUUGACCCAGGACCCUACAGCUAAUGCAGGUCUUCUUGCUCCUCUUCUGGAAACCGUCCCACCUAUCUCUGUGCAGAUCCCUCCUCCUUUUGCAGCCCCUGUCCAAGAAAAGGCUGAUCCUACAUUCCAGACUGCUAUGAACGUUGCCCCCAUCACAGUUCCUGAUUCAUCCAUACAAAUGAAGAAAGAAACUGUGCUUCCAAGGCUUAGAGAAGAUUGCAUGAAUGUUCCUGAACAGAGUACUUCAUGUUCCCCACAAACAGAGCUUCACUUGCAGGAUAGAAAUACAAAUCAACAGCCUUCAUUGUAUCCAGUUAUCACUGCUAGUAUGUCAUUGUCCGGACUUAUUGAUUUCCGAGAAGCAAAUAAAAAUAUUCAGAAAUCUAUUCCAAAUAUGGUGGGGACAAGGUUAUCUGACCAUUCUUCCCCUACUUAUUCAGGAUCAAUAUCUUCAUUGAAAACCCAAGACAAGAUAACCCCAAUGGGCAGUACCAUAUCUAAACCAUGCACUGGCUCACUUGAAAGCCAGUCACUUAGUUUCAAACUUGCUACAAACGAAAAUGAUAAGCAGGCAACUGAACAGCCUGAGCAGAUGGCCAUCUGUACGAUGGGCACCACAGAAUUCAAAAUAAGCAAGAAGAAGAAAAAGCUGAAAAAAAAGAAAGCCCUCCGAGCAGCCCGUGUUCCUGAGAACAGUGAUACAGAACAGGACGUGAGUGAUUCAAAACCAUUUAGGAAAGUAAAGGCCGUAAAGAUACCCAAGGGAGAAAAAGUAACAACAUCCACCCCUCCAAAGCAAGACGAUGCUCAAGAAAGAAAGAGGAAGAAGGAGAAUGACAGUGACGCAUCUCUUGAAUUUGUGGAAGUCUCUAAAUCUCCUUUGGAAGUGGUGGCCAUCAUCUCCUCGGAGUCGGAAAGUGAGAAACCAGAUAGCCCUUCUAAGAGAGAUACCUUGAGCGCCACAGAGAAAAUUUUGAGAGAGCCAUCUCGGUCGAGCUAUGACGAAGUGAGCUCUACUAGUGAGAUUGGAGUAAACUAUAAAGAUGGCAUUGGUAGAAGUGUGGCUGAGACUCAGACAUUCAUAUCGUCAUUACGAGGAUCAAAAACCUCAUCAGAAGUGUCUUCAGAGCCAGGUGAAGAUGAGGAUCCCACAGAAGGGAUAUUUGAGGGGCAUUCGGCUUCAGUGAAUGCCAUUCAGAUUUUUGGGAAUUUGUUGUACACCUGCUCAGCAGACAGAACUGUCCGUGCGUAUAACUUAGUGAACAGGAAAUGUGUGGGUGUCUUUGAAGGGCACGCUUCCAAAGUCAACUGCCUCCUGGUAAUUCAGACAGCAGGAAAAAAUGUAGCACUCUACUCUGGCUCCAGUGAUCACAAUAUAAAUUGCUAUAACAUCAAAACAAGAGAACUUAUUGAUCAGUUUAAAGUGGAUGACCGGGUGCUUUGCCUGCACAGUAGAUGGAGGAUCCUUUAUGCCGGCCUUGCAAAUGGAAAUGUGAUCACUUUUAAUAUAAAGAACAACCAACAACUUGAGACUUUUGAGUGUCACGGUCCUAGGGCAAUUAGCUGCCUGGCUACAGCACAGGAAGGGGCACGACGACUCCUGAUUGUGGGAUCCUACGAUUGUACAAUUAGUGUGCGAGAUGCCCGAAAUGGACUACUGCUCCGAACCCUUGAAGGUCACAGCAAAACAGUUCUGUGUAUGAAGGUUGUAAAUGAUCUGGUCUUCAGUGGUUCCAGUGACCAAUCUGUCCAUGCCCACAACAUACAUACUGGGGAGCUGGUACGGAUAUACAAGGGGCAUAGCCAUGCAGUAACUGUUGUGAACAUCCUGGGAAAAGUAAUGGUAACCGCCUGUUUAGACAAGUGUGUUCGAGUAUAUGAGUUGCAGUCUCACGAUCGUUUACAAGUCUAUGGAGGACAUUCGGAUAUGAUUAUGUGCAUGACCAUUCAUAAGAGCAUGAUCUACACAGGUUGCUAUGAUGGUAGUAUCCAAGCCGUGCGGCUUAACCUGAUGCAGAAUUAUCGUUGUUGGUGGCAUGGGUGUUCACUUAUAUUUGGAGUUGUGGACCACUUGAAACAGCAUUUGUUAAAUGACCACACAAAUCCAAAUUUUCAAACUCUGAAGUGUCGCUGGAAAAAUUGUGAGGCCUUCUUCACCUCCAGGAAAAGCUCCAAACAGGAUGCAGUGGGACAUAUCGAGAAGCAUGCACAGGAUGAUAGCAAGAUCGACUCAUGACAUUUUUCAGCCUCCCAUAUUGGGAAGUAUUUUUUUAUACACAAGAAAUUUUACAUGCCUUGUCCACCUCAUUCUUUUCUUUUUCCUCCUGUUCAUCCUUGGAGCGCAAAAAGAACACAAGCCUUUUUCUGUUUUGUCUACAGAGACACGAUCUAUUCACAGCUCUGCAGAGAAAGGAAUGACAGAGUCAUGCCAAAAAGCUGUUUAUACCAUUCACUUGUUAGGAAAAAAAUCUACUCUUCCUCUUAUUUGCACUGUGCAAAUAAGUGCAUUGUGCUUAUCUCUUACUAGGUAUUCAGAGUAAAGUUGAAUAAACUUGGGGCCCUACCUAUAUGUGUUUUAACCAUCAGUUUUCAUGUUAUAUGUAGGAUCCCCUGUUAAUGUGUGUUUCUGGCUUUGGAGUAUUUUAAUGUUAAUCAAAACAUUACUGAACACAGGCCAGAAAUACCACCUGAUUAUUGACUUCCUUAUUUU